GUGGUGGACUAUUUGCUCUCAGUCUGGGAGGUACUUUUGCGUCCCUGCUUCCAAAUAGGGAACCCAUGCCUGCAGAUUCAGCUAGGUCUCCGUGGGAUGAAAGUUUCUUAGAGCUUGGCCUCAUGCAAGGUAUACGAGGCUCGGAGGGACACACCGCGGAGGGAUCCGGUUUGUUGUGGUGAGAGGAGGGGGGAGGAGACGCUGACAAACCAAGAUGGCGGCGGCGGCGCCGAAGGCCGCGGCGGCUGGGAGGUAACUGUAGUGGUGAAGGCUGCGGUAGCUGGGAGGCAGCGGCAGAGUUUGGAAGGAACGAGGCAGGACGAAGAGGCGGUAGCAGUAGCGCCAGCUUGAGCCUCUCAGAGCGUGGCAGCUACACGCCCCCCAAGGCCCUCGGCGGGCGGCGGCCGCCCCGCUUAGGGCCUAGUCCCCGAGCAGUGCCUCGGCUUCAUACCGCGGUGUCCGCCAUGAGUCCUUAAGGGCGGUCCGAGCCCUCCAAGUCCUAGGGCCCACCAUGGAGCCGGGGUCCGACGACUUCCUACCGCCGCCGGAGUGCCCGGUGUUCGAGCCUAGCUGGGCCGAGUUCCGAGACCCUCUUGGCUACAUCGCGAAAAUCCGGCCCAUCGCCGAGAAGUCGGGCAUUUGCAAGAUCCGCCCACCCGCGGACUGGCAGCCACCCUUUGCUGUAGAAGUGGACAACUUCAGGUUUACUCCCCGAAUCCAGAGGCUGAAUGAACUAGAGGCCCAGACAAGAGUGAAGCUGAACUAUUUGGACCAGAUUGCCAAAUUCUGGGAAAUCCAGGGCUCCUCCUUAAAAAUUCCCAAUGUAGAACGGCGGAUCUUGGACCUCUACAGCCUCAGCAAAAUCGUGGUGGAGGAAGGUGGCUAUGAAGCCAUCUGCAAAGACCGUCGGUGGGCCCGGGUGGCCCAGCGCCUCAACUACCCACCAGGCAAAAACAUUGGUUCCCUGCUACGCUCCCACUAUGAACGCAUCGUUUACCCCUAUGAGAUGUACCAGUCUGGAGCCAACCUGGUGCAGUGCAACACACGUCCAUUUGAUAAUGAGGAAAAGGACAAGGAAUACAAACCCCACAGUAUCCCCCUUCGACAGUCCGUGCAACCUUCCAAGUUCAAUAGCUAUGGCCGGCGGGCCAAGAGACUGCAGCCUGAUCCGGAACCCACGGAAGAAGACAUUGAAAAGAAUCCGGAACUGAAGAAGCUACAGAUCUAUGGGGCAGGCCCCAAGAUGAUGGGCCUGGGCCUCAUGGCCAAGGAUAAGACUCUGCGGAAGAAAGAUAAGGAAGGGCCUGAGUGUCCCCCCACCGUAGUGGUGAAGGAGGAGUCAGGCGGGGAUGUGAAGGUGGAGUCAACCUCACCUAAGACCUUCCUGGAGAGCAAGGAGGAGCUGAGUCACAGCCCAGAGCCCUGCACCAAGAUGACCAUGAGACUGCGGAGGAACCACAGCAAUGCCCAGUUUAUCGAGUCCUAUGUUUGCCGGAUGUGUUCCCGAGGGGAUGAGGAUGACAAGCUUCUGCUGUGUGAUGGCUGUGAUGACAACUACCACAUCUUCUGCCUGCUGCCUCCUCUGCCUGAGAUUCCCAAGGGUGUCUGGAGGUGCCCAAAGUGUGUCAUGGCGGAGUGUAAGCGCCCCCCUGAAGCCUUUGGCUUUGAGCAGGCUACCCGGGAAUACACUCUGCAGAGCUUUGGCGAGAUGGCUGACUCCUUUAAAGCCGAUUACUUCAACAUGCCUGUGCACAUGGUGCCCACAGAACUCGUGGAGAAGGAGUUCUGGCGGUUGGUAAACAGCAUUGAGGAAGAUGUGACUGUUGAGUAUGGGGCUGACAUCCAUUCCAAAGAAUUUGGUAGCGGUUUCCCCGUCAGUGACAGUAAGCGGCACCUAACCCCUGAGGAGGAGGAGUAUGCUACCAGUGGUUGGAACCUGAAUGUGAUGCCAGUGUUGGAGCAGUCUGUACUAUGCCACAUCAAUGCAGAUAUUUCUGGCAUGAAGGUGCCCUGGCUCUAUGUGGGCAUGGUCUUUUCAGCCUUUUGCUGGCAUAUUGAGGAUCACUGGAGUUACUCCAUUAACUACCUCCAUUGGGGUGAGCCGAAGACCUGGUAUGGGGUACCCUCACUUGCAGCAGAACAUUUGGAAGAGGUGAUGAAGAAGCUGACACCUGAGCUCUUUGAUAGCCAGCCUGACCUCCUGCACCAACUUGUCACCCUCAUGAAUCCCAAUACCCUCAUGUCCCAUGGUGUGCCGGUUGUCCGUACAAACCAGUGUGCAGGAGAAUUUGUCAUUACCUUCCCUCGUGCUUACCACAGUGGCUUCAACCAAGGCUACAACUUUGCGGAGGCUGUCAACUUUUGCACUGCUGACUGGUUGCCAGCUGGGCGCCAAUGCAUUGAGCACUACCGCCGGCUCCGAAGAUACUGCGUCUUCUCCCAUGAGGAGCUCAUCUGUAAGAUGGCUGCCUGCCCAGAGAAGCUGGACCUGAACCUGGCCGCAGCUGUGCAUAAGGAGAUGUUCAUCAUGGUGCAGGAGGAACGGCGUCUACGAAAGGCCCUGCUUGAAAAGGGCAUCACGGAAGCUGAGCGAGAGGCUUUCGAGCUACUCCCAGAUGAUGAGCGCCAAUGCAUCAAGUGCAAGACCACAUGCUUCCUGUCAGCUCUGGCCUGCUACGACUGCCCGGACGGGCUUGUCUGCCUUUCCCACAUCAAUGACCUCUGCAAGUGCUCCAGUAGCCGGCAGUACCUGCGGUAUCGAUACACCUUGGAUGAGCUCCCUGCUAUGCUGCAUAAACUGAAGGUUCGGGCCGAGUCCUUUGACACCUGGGCCAACAAAGUUCGAGUGGCCCUGGAGGUGGAGGAUGGGCGGAAGCGCAGCCUUGAAGAGCUGAGGGCACUAGAGUCUGAGGCCCGUGAACGGAGGUUUCCUAACAGUGAGCUGCUGCAGCAACUGAAGAACUGCCUGAGUGAGGCAGAGGCCUGCGUGUCCCGGGCUCUGGGACUAGUCAGCGGCCAGGAAGCAGGCCCCCACAGGGUGGCUGGUCUACAGAUGACCCUGGCUGAGCUCCGGGCAUUUCUGGACCAGAUGAACAACCUGCCUUGUGCCAUGCACCAGAUUGGGGAUGUCAAGGGUAUUCUGGAACAGGUGGAGGCCUACCAGGCUGAGGCCCGUGAGGCCCUGGCCUCACUGCCCUCCAGUCCAGGGCUACUGCAGUCCCUGUUGGAGAGGGGGCAGCUGCUAGGGGUGGAGGUGCCCGAGGCCCAGCAGCUCCAGCGGCAGGUGGAACAGGCACGAUGGCUGGAUGAGGUGAAGCGCACGCUGGCCCCCUCAGCCCGGAGGGGCACCCUGGCUGUCAUGCGGGGACUUUUGGUCGCGGGUGCUAGCGUAGCCCCUAGCCCUGCUGUGGACAAAGCCCGGGCUGAGCUGCAGGAGCUGCUGACCAUUGCUGAACGCUGGGAGGAGAAAGCCCACCUCUGCUUGGAGGCCAGGCAGAAGCAUCCACCAGCCACACUCGAGGCCAUAAUCCAUGAGGCAGAAAACAUCCCUGUUCACCUGCCCAACAUCCAGGCUCUCAAGGAGGCUCUUGCUAAGGCCCGGGCCUGGAUUGCUGAUGUGGAUGAGAUCCAAAAUGGUGACCACUACCCCUGCUUGGAUGACUUAGAGGGCCUGGUGGCUGUGGGCCGGGACCUACCUGUGGGCUUGGAGGAGCUGAGACAGCUAGAGCUGCAGGUACUGACGGCACACUCCUGGAGGGAGAAGGCAUCCAAGACUUUCCUCAAGAGGAAUUCCUGCUACACGCUGCUGGAGGUGCUCUGCCCGUGUGCAGACGCCGGCUCAGACAGCACCAAGCGCAGCCGGUGGAUGGAGAAGGAGCUGGGGUUGUACAAAUCUGACACGGAGCUGCUGGGACUGUCUGCACAGGACCUCAGGGACCCAGGCUCUGUGAUCGUGGCCUUCAAGGAGGGGGAACAGAAGGAGAAGGAGGGUAUCCUGCAGCUGCGUCGCACCAACUCCGCCAAGCCCAGUCCACUGGCAUCAUCGACCACAACUUCCUCUGCAACCUCCGUCUGUGUGUGUGGGCAGGUGCCGGCCGGGGUGGGAGCUCUGCAGUGUGACCUGUGUCAGGACUGGUUCCAUGGGCGAUGUGUGUCGGUACCCCGCCUCCUCAGCUCCCCAAGGCCCAGUCCCACCUCGUCCCCGCUGCUGGCCUGGUGGGAGUGGGACACCAAAUUCUUGUGUCCGCUGUGCAUGCGCUCACGGCGCCCCCGCCUGGAGACCAUCCUGGCACUGCUGGUAGCCCUGCAGAGACUGCCUGUGCGGCUGCCUGAGGGCGAGGCCCUGCAGUGUCUCACAGAGAGGGCCAUCAGCUGGCAAGGCCGUGCCAGGCAGGCUUUGGCCUCUGAGGAUGUGACUGCUCUGUUGGGACGGCUGGCCGAGCUUCGCCAGCGGCUGCAGGCUGAACCCAGGCCUGAGGAACCCCCUACCUACCCUUCAGCCCCUGCCUCUGACCCUCUCAGAGAAGGCAGUGGCAAGGAUAUGCCCAAGGUCCAGGGGUUGCUGGAGAACGGAGACAGUGUGACCAGUCCUGAGAAGGUAGCCCCCGGGGAGGGCUCAGUGGUGGGGAUACAACCAGGAGCAGCCUCUAACCCAGCCUGUCCCCGCAACCCACCAGACCUGGAGCUGCUUUCCUCGCUGUUGCCACAGUUGACUGGCCCUGUGUUGGAGCUGCCUGAGGCAACUCGGGCCCCUCUAGAGGAGCUUAUGUUAGAAGGGGACCUGCUUGAGGUGACCCUGGAUGAAAACCACAGCAUUUGGCAGCUAUUGCAGGCUGGGCAGCCUCCAGACAUGGAGCGGAUCCGCACACUUCUAGAGCUGGAAAAGGCAGAGCGCCAUGGGAGCCGGGCACGGGGCCGGGCGUUGGAGAGGCGGCGACGGCGGAAGGUGGAUCGGGGUGGGGAGGGCGAUGACCCAGCCCGAGAGGAGCUAGAGCCAAAGAGGGGGGAGAACAGUGCCUCCAUCACCCGUCAGCGGCGGAGGAGCACUAGGGCUGAAGUCUGGGAGCUCUGGGUUCUGAAAACAAGUUCUACCGGGUUCUCCUUACCUGAGGGCAAGACGUCCUGAGUCUCCCCCUACCCCACCCCCCAAGCCAUUUUCCCCCAUCUCCCAACGGACGGCCUGCCACCUCGUCUAAACUUCUGCCACGGCCUCCUCCAACUUCAUGCCCUCCGGUCUGUCCUCCUCAAGCCCCUGAGGGGAAUUUUGGUCUUGGCUUUAUUGAGGUAUAAUUUCUACAUCAUAAAAUUUACCUGCUUUAAAUGUAAAACUCAGUGAUUUAGAGGGAUGUUUCUAAAGUACAGAUGUGAUCUUGUCACUCUUGCUGCUUAAAACCAUCCAUGAUGCUUCAUUGCCCUUAAGAUCAAGGUUAUAUUUAUAAUCUCAUUCUUUGUGGAAUGCUUUCCUGUCUGACCCACCCAUAUGCCAUGUUCAGGGACGCUUCCCUGAUUUGUCUAUACCCUAAAGGGUUUUUUUCUGCCCCUGUGAAAUGGAGACUGAAGCUCAGAUGUGUGGUCAUUUGCAGCCCAAGUUCACUUUUACAGCUUUAUUGUGAUACAAUUUACAUAUCAUACAGUUUACCCACUUAAAGUAUACAGUACAAUGGCUUUUAGUAUAUUCUAGUUGUGCAACCGUCAUUGCAAAAGAUUUUAGAAUGUUUUCAUCAUUCCAAAAUGAAAUCACACUCCCCAGGCAUCACCCUUCCCCUGCCCUCCCCCCGCCCCUUGACCCUAGGCCACCACUAA